GGUUCUUUUCGUGUUGUUUUGAACUUGCUCUGUCAUUGGCAUCUGAUCUCGGCGUCCUUCGUGGCAACUGAUUCCCAGAUUAUUGAUAUUAUUGAUUGUUGGAUACAUCGAUUGAUCGCCUGCUGCUCCCUUCAUUCAGGUUUGACCCUUGUUAUCACACUGUGUUUUGUGUUUAGUAUGUCUUGUGUUCAUUACAGGUUUCAGAGUCGACUCACCUACGACUCGCUCCAGUUUGAGGGCCUCAACAUCACUGUGGGAGAGCUGAAGCGGCAGAUCAUGAGGCGCGAGAGGCUGAAGUUCUGCCAGCUGAAGAUCAGCAAAGCCCAAACUGAUGAAGAAUACACAGAUGAUGAUGCUCUCAUCCCCAAAAACACAUCUGUCAUCAUCAGACGGGUCCCUGCGGCUGGACUGAAGUCCUCCAACAGAAGAUUUGUUGGACAUCAAGCUGGACCAUCAGCUAAAUCUUCUCAAACAGGUGAUUCUUCACUCCUCUCACUGGAGCAGCUGUUGAAGACUGAGAAUCUGGCUGAGGCAAAGGCAUCAGAGGAGGACAAGCUAAAAGCGGUGAUGUACCAGUCCAGUCUGUGCUACUACUCCAGCAGGGCAGCAGCUCUGCUUCACAAAAGCGCAUCAGGAGGAGCACAGGGAUUCCCCGCAGCUUCCUGUUGGAGGUGGACGACCCAAACCGAAAGGGAGUCAUGAUGGACGGCAGCGGCAAAUACGUCAUUCCCAUCAUAGACGCUGAGGCCUAUGCUGCUGAGAAGAAAAAGAGGCCGUCCUUCUCCUGCCAGACCAAGCCACUAUCCUCCUCUUCCUCAGCUGGUGCAGCAUCUUCAGUCCAGGACGCCAGAGGGAAACGUUCCCGUUCCCCAUCUUCACCAGAGACGCACGGCGACCAGAAGAGACCACGUCACUGAGAGACCUUCACUCAAGAGACCUGGAGCCGACGUGAGCACAGUGUAUAUAUUGUACAUAGUUUAUGAAUAAAACUGAAUAAAGAUUAUAGCAGCAUAAACUGUGGACUGGUUGACCUUCACACAAUACAGAAACACAACAGAAAAUGAUCAACACAUUAAGAUAGAAAUGAUGAACAAACAUGCUGCGGGAGAACCAGUGUGCUGUCCUGCUCACAAUCUAAAACUUUUAGUUAAAGUUUAUUUCAGAGGUGCUUCAGGGAAACUUUUUCUUAUGAAAGGCCAAAAACUAAACUCGUCUGAGGGUGGUGGGCUGGAGGUAAAUCUACCAAACUGUAAAAUUGUCAAUGUAAUUUCCUAAUUUAUUAUUAUUAUUCAUUAUAUAAUUUACAUGAUUCACUGAAUACUGUAAUU